GCCUUCCACUUCUCUUCUUUCCUCUCUCUUGCUCAAUAAGUCAUUUUUUGGAAUGAAAAUACAACAUGUAAUGCUUGACGAAAAACAUCCCAAAUGUGGCUUUCACAGAUUAUUCUGGAAGGGCUGUAAAACCACUGCAACACUGCGGGGAAGAGCCAUUCAAUAACACUUCCAUCUACAUAAUAGCUGUGCAAAUGGAUUCGUUGUAAAUGCUCGAUUGUGAACAUGGUGGUGUUUGCUUCAUCGCUAUUUCAUGUAGAAUUGAUACUGGCGACAGAUGCCUUUUUCAGCAUUGUAGCUACUGUCCUCCCAGUAAACUCUAGUUCAGCUUUGUGGUUUUCCAUGAUGAACAUAAAGACGAAAUUGUUCUAAAUAACAGAAUAAUAUUUAAAAUAAGGUGACAAUUAUGACAGCUGUGUGUUUUCAGUGGGGUAUAUUCAUGCACAAAAAAAUCGACCUUUUGUGGAAUAAACUAAACGCCUUUAAUAUCAGCUUUAAUAUGACCGAGGCUGCACAAAUAGCCUGUAAUAAAACAACGUUUGUGGGCGCGCAUGCAUACCUAAGUGCAAACCUGUUUACAAGUUUCUGGACCUUAUCUGUUACUGGCAAACAGCUGUUAUGGGAUGAAAUGGUCUGAACAUGUCAUAUCCGUCAGUAUUAAGUUAAUGGAUGGGCUUUUUAUUGCAACACAUGUCGAUGGAUGCACUGCAUAUUUCAUUAUUAUGCGUCUUUGAAGUAUCACAUCUAUUCUGGAGUCCACAUUUACUGAACAGACCGGAUUGUUAGGGCUGGUUGCUGUCCAGAAGUCUCAAUAUCAGUUUUUUUUUUUUGGUGGGGGGGUAUGUUUUUUUUGUGCAACUCUGAAGCCAGACUCUUGCCUAUAUGAAUAGCUACUGGCGUGAAGUGUGUGUAUGUGUGUGUGUGUGUGUGGUGGGGGCGUUCUCGACUGACAUCCUCAAACAAUACGAGAAAGAGGAGUGCACGAAUCCGCGCACCCUAGGCUGGGCUCCUUCCCUGUAAUAGUGAGCGUCAGCCAUUCUUAAAAAACACAUUUUGUAGCUUAGUGGACUGCACUGGAGGGGCAAGAGGAGGAUAAACUGAGCGGACAAAGAUGUAAAUAAAAACAGUCGUCCCCCCCAGCUGAACGAGGCGUUCUUCAUCUGAGUUUUUGGAUCAAUCAGGCAGACAGUGGCUUCUUUUGAUUAAACCCCAAAUUGUCAUUGGGCAGAGGUAAUCAUGUGACAGGCAAUUCGGUCCAAUUUCAACCUUGUCUCCAUGAAUUCAAUAGUUUAAUAGUAGCUCGGUCCCCACACGGCCGUAAUCAGUGAAAUAGAAAAAACACCACCAGGAGAUUUUUUUUAAUGAUUUUUUCUUUCUCGUCCUCGCUGAGCCGCAACAUUUAUAAAAACACGCGUGCAAACUUUCCUCGGCUCUCAGGGAGCGGAGAUGAAUUACGAAUUCGAGCGAGAGAGCGGUUUUAUCAAUAGUCAGCCGUCGCUUGCUGAGUGCCUGACAUCUUUCCCCCCUGUCGCUGAUUCAUUUCAAAGUUCAUCAAUCAAGAGCUCGACGCUUUCACGCCCGACACUGAUUCCUCCUCCCUUUGAGCAGACCAUUCCCAGCCUGAAUCCGGGCAGCCAUCCGCGGCACGGCCGGCCCAGGCACAGCCCCGACGGAUGCAGCCCGCUGCCCACAGCCUCCUUACCCCCGGAGUACCCCUGGAUGCGGGAGAAGAAAGCCUCUAAGAGGAACCACCUGCCGACCUCCACCGCUACCACCAUCUCCAAUGGACCUGUGUGCUUCUCCCCGAAAGGCUCGCCUGAGAUUGUGGAGAGCGCUGGGGGAGGAGGGGGCUCCCGUCGGCUGAGGACUGCGUACACCAACACACAGCUGCUGGAGCUGGAGAAGGAGUUCCACUUCAACAAGUAUCUAUGCCGGCCGAGGAGGGUGGAAAUAGCGGCCCUGCUGGAUCUGACCGAGAGGCAGGUUAAAGUCUGGUUCCAGAACCGGCGCAUGAAGCACAAGCGGCAGACCCAGAGCAAAGAGAACCACAACGGGGAGGGGAAAGGGCCCGGCGCCGAGGACGGGAUUCACAGCGAGGAGGAGGACGAGGCCCCCCUGUAUGAGCGGAGCGGGGCCCUGCUGGAGAGAGAUACCUGCUCCUUUCAGAACAACUCUCUUAGCUCCACACAGCAGCUCCACAAUGGCGAGUCCAUGGGCUUUGCUGCUGCGCCGCUGAACAGCAAUGACAAAAAUCUGAAACAUUUUCCCAACCCGUCACCCACUGUUCCGGGCUGCAUGUCAACAAUGGGCCCGGGCUCGGCAUCUGGCCCGGACAAUGGCGACAGUCCCCCGGCCCUGGAUGUUUCUAUACACGAUUUUCAACCUUUCUCCUCGGAUUCCUGCCUACAGCUCUCCGACGCUGCCUCGCCGAGUUUGUCAGAGUCUCUGGACAGCCCCGUGGACAUUUCUACGGACAGUUUCUAUUUUUUCUCGGAGUCCCUAACUACAAUCGACUUGCAGCAUCUGAACUAUUAGGUUAGCUGAAAUCAAUCACAAUUACUUUUUCCCCCUUUUUUUGGGACAAUAAAUAUCAGCGUACGAGGGUAUUAACUCUGAUGUUGUUUGUAUAUUCGGCACAUUUAUUCUGUUGAUAUUUGACUUGACGAUUAAUACAAGGUAAGGAUGAAAUUAAAUCACUGAAAUAGCUCUACUCAAACGUGACUUGUAAUUACCAUAACAAAUUGAUCUCUUGGAAUGGAAAUUAUGAGUGUAUGUGAAUAAUUAUACAAUAUUAGGCCUAUGGAACCUGGUCAUUUUUAUUUUUGUAUAGCUUUCAAUGUCUUGGAUAUUUUUGUUAGAAUACAAUUAACUUGCUACAAUCCUU